UUUUUACCCCCUCAACACUGUGAUUAUAUGCGGUGAUUGCUGCUCGGAGGCAAUUGCAUAUCAGUCGACAGAGACAGAUUUGCAAGCAGUUAGUGAAACGCCUGCAUCCUGCUCACGAUACCGUUCUUCGAAUAGAUUCGCCACAUUGUUUAUAAACUCCUCUUCCAAAUUUUUCAGCAGUUUCUUUUCUCUCUCGGUUGUCACAAACAAAACGAACUGAGAGAAUCUGUACGAAAAUUAUAGAUAGAAUUAUAUAUCAUCGUGGUUAAAUCAGAAUGCGAGUCCGAAGAAACAUAUUACUUUGUCGAGUCUCAGUAGAAAGAACUUCGAGUGAGCCUUCAGAAAUCGUUUGACACGAGAAACAACGCGCAGGAUACAGACUAUAAAAACAAGAGAUCCAACAUUAUGAGUAAGAAAGGAUAUCAGAAUUUAUGGAAGAGGACAAUAAAUCCGUCGACAUUUAGCAGCUCCGAGGGCAGCUUGGAAUCCGUCAUAUGUCACGCAGCACAAGACGACGAGUCGACGACGCAGAAACAACCUUGGAGCAAGGAGGAGAUCGAAAAAGCAAUAUCAAGUCUUCCGAAAGGCGACAUAGCUUUAUCUCUGAUUCCUACUCUUCAUGGCGAUGCUCUACAAAAGGUUCUGGAAGAAUUUGAAGGUGUAACUCUCAACAAAAAUGAGGAUCACAUAUCGUUGCUGACGUCCGCAGAUGAAAAUGAGGAAAACACUAUAUUGGUUGACGAAAAUAGAGCAGCGGCUACCAUGACUCCGGUACAACUACUUGCAGAAUGGCCAGAUACGUGUCUACUGAUUUCUAGCUGGCUGGGUCAUGUAGAAUUAGUUAAGGCUUUGAUAGAAAAAGGUGUGCCAGUUUCUACGAAAGACAACGAUGGAAGAACACUGCUACAUCUGGCAGCAUGUACAGCGUCUACGAAGAUCGUGGAGGAGCUACUGAAACAUGGUGCUGAUCCAUGUGAGUGGGAUUUUGAGAAGAAAUAUACCCCGUUGCAUUGUGCUGCCGCAGCUGGUUGCGUUGAUACAGUUAAAUGCUUGAUCAAGUCAAAGGCAGAUGUGGAUGCCAGAAGAAGUCCACUUUAUUACGCCGUGCUGAACAAUGCUGUGGAUUGCGUCGAAACUCUACUGCAAGCAGGUGCUGAUGCUGAUAAUCCACAGGUUUAUACAAAGAUGCCUUUGCAUGUGGCGGUUACUUUGGGCAAUGUUCAUUGCAUCAAGUUGCUGUUGGAUCACAACGCGGAUGUGACAAUCAAGAUGGGACCCACGAAAUCGACGCCUUUACACUUGGCGGCAGAUAAGGGAAACGUGGAAUGCACUAAAUUACUGUUGGAUGCCGGCGCGAGGACCGAUUCAAAGAACUCGAAUGGUCAAACGGCGAUGCACUUGGCAACGCUCGCCCAAUCUGUAGAGACGAUAAAGGAGUUGAUUAAAUUUGGCGCAAAUGUGAACGCAGAAGAUAAGGAAGGACGCACUCCUCUACAUUUUGCGGUUUCAAGUGCCCGGAAAAGCAGCGAACUGGUCAAGACUUUAAUAAAAGCAGAUGCAUCAGUUAAUAAGGCGGACAAGGGCGGUUACACACCGCUGCACCUUGCGGCCUUAAACGAGAAAUCGCAGACGGUGAUGAUGUUGUUGUCAAAAGGUGGCGACGUAACAGCGCGUGCCAAAGACGGCGUCACCGCUCUUAGCAUCAUCGUACGCCGUACUCCGGAGGUGUUAUCGCAACUUGCGACGCGUCUCGAUCGAGCAGUCACAUUACUCGAUCACGAGCAUGGCGAUAUAGGCUGUGAACUGCUAGUGGAUUUUCGACCAUUAGUCCCAUUGAGCAGUCGCAACGAAACGGACCUGAUGCUCUGUCUGGUGGAGGUCGGUCAGGGUCACAGGCUAAAGCAUCCAUUAUGCGAGAGUUUUCUCCAUCUAAAAUGGAAGCGUAUUCGUAAGUUUUUCGUGCUCAAUCUUCUGUUCCAUUUAAUCUUCGUCGCUUUCUUCACCGGCUUCGUCUGCGCGACAUAUUUAUGGGACGAAAAACAGUUGAACAGAGCCCUCUUCCCGCCAGUAUUAACUGUUACCUGCUUAUUUGCGAUUAAAGAGAUCUUCCAAAUUACUUAUGGUAUUUACUAUUAUACUAAACACUGGGAAAACUGGUUACAGUGGAGCGUAAUAGUGGCAUCCAGCAUCAUCUUGAUUUAUCCACCUCGUCCAUGGCAAUAUCACGUUGCUGCCGUAGGUAUUCUGCUGGCUUGGAUCGAGCUGAUGAUUGUGAUCGGUUAUUUUCCCAUGUUUGGUCUCUAUGUACAAAUGCUUACGCGAGUGUCCAUCAAUUUCUUCAAAUUUCUCACAGCCUACUUUUGUCUCAUAAUUGGGUUUUCUCUUAGCUUUAAUGUGCUGCACGGCAAUUACAAGGCCUUCGCUGAUCCUCUGCUCAGUAUGCUUAAGAUGAUAGUUAUGAUGUCCGGUGAGUUGGAAUUCGAGGACGUUUUCUUCGAUAAUAAACUUAAGUAUCCUGGCACAGCGCAUGUUAUGAUUCUUUGCUUCGUUAUCCUGGUGACAGUGAUACUAAUGAAUCUAAUGGUUGGUCUGGCUGUGUCGGAUAUCCAGGAGAUACGUAGAACAGCGGAUCUCGAACGAUUGGUGCGUCAUGCCGAGAUAAUAGGUCGAUUCGAAAAUAUGCUGUUUUCUAAGUUGAUUGAUGACACUCAUGCGUGUAAAAUAAUACAAGCGUGCAGAAAGACCACACUAUUUUUGCGUCCAGAACAGUGUUCGCAACAGUGUACUAUACGUAUUCGACCGAAUGAUCCGCGCGAAAAGUGUCUGCCACGAGAGCUCAUUCAGUCGUUGUAUCGUCUGGCCGGCGAGAAGAAAAUGCGACGAGGAACUUUCCGCGGUGGCGUGUCACCACCUCAAAACCUCGUCGCGAAGGAAUCGAAGUAUGUGAGAUUUAACAGGACGUACAGCAAUGUCGGUAAUCAACAGCAAUUGGAUGAUCUCGUAGUCGAGUUAAAAGAAUGUUCCUAUGACAUCAGUAUCAGGGUUGGAUAGCUUGACGAACAAGAUAGAGAGUUUCGCACGACAGCAGAUUUGACGAUGCAUUUGUAACAUUACGUCGAAAAAAUUGUAUUCUUAACUUAAGAAUAUGCCACUUAUCUUUAGAAUAUAUA